UAGUGGCACGGCAGUCAUUCCAGCGCAGAAGUAGGUCAUAUGCAAGUCGCGCUGAUUGCUCUUAUCCGUAUUGUGCGUAUAUGCACGCUUCUCCGAUCCCAGAGAAGAGGUGCUGACCAUAAUACUAUUAGGACCUUGAGAGACCACUGAGGACCACACAGAACCUGUGACAGAUCUGAAGAACCACGGAACCUGUGACAGAUCUAAAGAACCACGGAACCUGUGACGGGUCUAAAGAACCACACGGAACCUGUGACAGAUCUAAAGAACCACGGAACCUGUGACCGAUCUACAUAAUCACGUGGGACCUGCAAGAGAUUUACAGAACUGCUAGACUGAGAUGCACUCAUGAACAUCUGUGAGGAGCUGAUGGCUGACCAGAGGAUGGACAUUUCCUCCACCAUGAGUGACUUCAUGUCGCCAGGCAACGCUGACCUCAUCAGCAGUUCCAUAGGAACGACUGGCCUCGACUACAACCGUAAGAGGAAGAACAGCUCCUCAGACUACCAAUUUGAUGGCUUUUCUUUCGAUGACAGCAUGGAGACCGAUAAGGACAAGCAGCUGGGCAGUGCUGAUCAACAAGGUCGCAUCAAGCAUGCAAGGGAGGCCCAUAGCCAGAUUGAGAAGCGUCGGCAUGAUAAGAUGAACAGCUUCAUUGAUGAGCUGGCCUCCCUGGUGCCCACCUGUAACGCCAUGUCCCGCAAACUGGACAAGCUCACCGUGCUGCGCAUGGCGGUGCAGCACAUGAAGACCCUACGAGGUGCUGCUAACCCGUACACUGAGGCCAACUACAAGCCUGCAUUCCUGUCUGAUGAUGAGCUGAAGCAGCUCAUACUGAGGGUAGCGGAUUUGCUUUUCCUUCUUCGUUGUAGGUGCGAUCGGGAAGAUUCUUUGUCUUCAGAAUCUGUUUAUAAAAUUCUCAACUACAGCCAGAUUAACGAUCUGAUUGGCCAGAGCCUGUUUGACUACCUGCACCCUAAAGACAUCGCAAAGGUGAAGGAGCAGCUCUCCUCCUUCUUCGACACCGCCUCGAACGCCUCCAUCGAUGCCAAGAGACGAGACACUGGUCUCCCUGUGAGGACGGACGUGGCGCCCGGUCCAUCUCGUCUGUGUGCAGGUGCACGUCGCUCUUUCUUCUGCAGGAUGAAGUGCAACAGACCGCAGGUCAAGAUGGAGGACAAGGACUUCAACUCCACCUGCUCCAAGAAGAAAGCGGACCGUAAGAGCUUCUGCACGAUCCACAGCACGGGCUACCUGAAGAGCUGGCCGCCCACUAAGAUGGGCGUGGAGGAGGACGGUGAGGUGGACGGGGAGGGCUGCAACCUCAGCUGCCUGGUGGCCAUCGGGCCGCCGCAUUACCACAUCCUGCCGCCCCGCGACACACACACAUCCGCUGGGCUAAGCUCCACCGAGCACGCCCUCCGACACGCCAUCGACGGCAAGUUCGUCUUCGUUGACCAGAGGGCCACGGCCAUCCUGGCGUACCUUCCUCAGGAGCUGCUGGGCACGUCCUUCUACGAGUAUUUCCACCAGGACGACAUCCCACACCUGGCCGAGUGCCACCGGCAAGUGCUGCAGAUGAGGGAAAAGAUCAACUCCAACUGCUACAAGUUUAAGAUCAAAGACGGCUCCUUCAUCACACUGCGCAGUCGCUGGUUCAGCUUCAUGAACCCCUGGACCAAAGAGGUGGAAUACAUCGUCUCCACCAACACUGUCGUCUCGGUGAGCAUGGUGGAGGGAGGGGACCCCAGCUACCCCCAGCUAUCAGCCUCACCGCAGAGCAUGGACAGCAUGCUGACAUCAGGAGACGUGUUUUUUUCUCCACAGAUCCAGAAUGGCGGCUCUCCUGACAUCCAGUCUGCAGGUCUCUCUUCAGGGCCAGACUCCAUAGGAUACCCCUACUCCAACAACUCUCUACUGAGUGACAGCUCUCACGUGGGCAUUGACCUGAUGGACGAGCCGGGGUCCAGCAGCCCCAGCAACGACGAAGCGGCCAUGGCGGUCAUCAUGAGCCUGCUGGAAGCAGACGCAGGACUCGGAGGACCAGUGGACUUCAGCGACCUGCCCUGGCCGCUCUAAACACACACACGCACACACACACACACACACGGUGCUGAACACUGCAUUGCUGUGCUGUAUUGGACACGGACCUGAGAAGCAGUCAAGUCAGAAGAACCAGAGACAACUGAAGAAUCUGACUGAAGCAUCACCUCUCCCCUUUACACACACUAAAACACAUGCACAAUAAAACAUAUUCACAUAAACACACACACACACACAUUCACAGCAGAGGACACUUCUCCACACACACGCUAGAGUCAACAGGAAGAGGACCUUCUCUGUAGAGGUGACGGAUAGCCUCUCAGCAUCUUGUCCCUGGGCCAUUGGUGUUUCUAGAGUAACAUAGAGGCUGCAGGAACGCUAUGUAUGUGUGUGUAUGUGUGUGUGUGUGCCUAUGGGACCUGAUUUCCUGACUCUUGAAAUGUCUCCUGUUUCUUGCUGUGGAUGGUAAUAAAAAUGUAUUGUAUGGACAUUAGCAUAUUUUUUAAAUAAAAAAUAUUUUUUUCUCUUGGAA